AGAGGUUAGGUGAGGACUGAGGAAGCGCGUUAGAAAAGUAAAAGGACGAGGAAAUAAAAGGCAUCGAAGAUCAUAAAUCAUCACAUAGAGUAAUUCAUAAUUGAAAAUUUGAAAUAACUGAACAGAGGAAGGAUGGAAGAAGAAAAGAAGAUGGAAGAACCGGUGAUGGGAUUUCCGGCGUACCAAACAGCACCACCACCACCACCGAUGUAUUACCAACAACCACCGCAGCAACAGGCGGCGGGCGGCAUAUAUAAUAGUAGGUUUCCACCCAACGCCAUAUUUGGAGAUCCCAAAGGAAUACCAAUUCACCAGACUAUUUUCAGGGAUACUCCGGCUCCUUUUCAGUGUCCUCACUGCUCUAAUUCCGCGCUCACCGAUAUUCGAUCUAAACCGAGUCUCGCAGCUGCUGUUGCUUGUAUGAUGCCAUUUAUGCUCGGAGUGUGCUUUCUUUGUCCUUCUAUGGACUGCCUUUGGCAUAAAUAUCAUUACUGUCCAUCUUGCAACCAAAAGGUUGCUGAAUUUCAGAAGACGGAUCCUUGUAUUGUCAUGGACCCUCCAAACUGGACGGAGACAAGUUAUGCUUUGCCUGCUUGAUGUAAUUGCUUUCUCUCCUUGUACAGCCCCGUGCUUGAAUGUUUUCUAUCAGCUGCCUUGUCUUUCUGUUAUACUUUCUUGCCAUAUAUGUAUAUCAUAAUUGACUUGUGAAAACAUAUCAUACUCUAUGUUUAGUAGUGUGGAUGUUAAAAAUUCUACUAUAUCAAUUGAAUCAUGGAUUAUAAUAAUUGAAUCA